UCAAGAGAACUUAGUGUUAGCAUAGAGUUAAUGGUUUAGCAUCAGGGAGAGUCCUGGGAUUUGUAGUUACUUUGUGUUGUGUAAUCUACAGGACAUGGAUGUUGAGAAGUGACUAAAUUCUGCUUCUGACAUUCCGUAAAACUCGAUUUCUCCAGGCAGCAGAGUCGGGGGUCGGUCCUGUGGUUUGGAGCAGGAUGGCGUUAAACCGGAACCACUCUCAGAAUGGUGGCAUCAUUAUAAACAACGGCGAGAGUAUAAUCAAGGAGUGUAAAGAUGUGGAGCUUACCUUCAGUGAAAUGGCACACAAGUCAGAUCCCUUUAAAGGCACCAAAAAGGGGUCAUUAUAUCUCACAGCAUACAGGGUGAUAUUUUUGAGCAAGGGUAAAGAUCCUAUGCUGUCAUUCAUGAUGCCGUUCUAUCUGGUGAAGGGAUGCUCCAUAGAACAGCCAGUCUUCUCAGCAAACUACAUUAAGGGGACAAUCUCUGCAGAGCCUGGCGGUGGUUGGGAAGGUCGGGCUUCAUUCAAACUUACAUUUAACAGCGGAGGAGCCAUUGAGUUUGGACAACUUAUGUUUAAGAUGGCAACAAAUGCAUCCAGUGGCCCACGAAAUCCUAACCCAGGAUAUGGAUACACACCAGCUCCUGUUCCAGGGGCUUAUGGACCUGGUGGCUUCCCACCUACUCCUGCAGGAUAUUCUCCAGCACCACCAGCUGGUCCAUACCCAUAUGGCCCUCCUGUUAUGAAUGGAUAUGGACCAGCCUCUCAGCCGAUGGCAUACCCUUAUGCCCCACCUCCAGGACCUGGCAUGUACCCUCCUCCACCUGAAAUGAACCCGAUGUACAUGGCCCCUCCACCUCCCUAUCCAGGACCACCAUACAAUGGAGCUCCAGCACCUACUGCACCCUCUGGAUGGAUGGAACCUGGAGGAAGCAAAGCUGCAGAAGCUGCAUCCAGUGCGUAUUAUAACCCGGCUAAUCCUCACAAUGUCUACGUGCCUAUGGAACGCCCGCCACCAUAUGCUCCUACUGAUGACAAAAAGACAAAUUAAGACUAUUAAGAAUCCAGCAUCUCUUUAGUAACGCAUAUUUGAUGUGGUUCUGUGUGCUUUGUACUCUGCAACAUAUAAAAUCAUUUUAUAAUUGUUUUUUAACCGUUAUUUAUCCAGACCUGAGAUGUGUAUAUUUGAGUCUCAAGAAAUAUUUUCUCUGCACCUAUUUAAUACAUUAUGGUAAUAUAAUAUAAAUUGCUUUCUGUGCGUUUCUACCUAUAUCUCUACAAUUCUUGUAAAAAUAUCAAAUAAGUAUUUUGCACAAUAGUAACGAUUAACCACAUGGUGUGGUGUCUGUGGCACCAGUCAGUUUACUUUUAUGCUUACACAUAGUGUUUAUGGUGUUUGUUUCUCACCGCUAAUUACUUUUCAUCCUGACAUUCUCCCCAUUACAAAAAAUAGAGAUGGGCAAUAGUCUUGGUUUCAGUAACUUAGUCUUUAUCAUAUUUUUCUUACAAAAAAAAACUAAAAAGAAAGAUACAUGUGAGGAAUAUUGCAUCUUGAAGAAUGUGUCAUGCUUUGACUAAAAGAUAUUGAAAGCAUGCAUAUAUAAGCUUUUAAAAGCAAUAAAUUCAACAUACCUGUAGUAACUAUAACUGCCUACUAUUUACAAACUCAUCAUAAAUUAACAUUAAAACACAGUAGUAUUCUAAUACUGAUAUAUGUAAUUAUUUUCUCUGUACAUUGUCCCCUAGUAACUUUAUAAUUCUGCACAACUUUGAAUACUUGUACAUUUUGAAAUGUAUAAUUUGGCUGUGGCACCCUCCUGUCUCUGCUGGUGUUACUUGUUAAAUCCAGUGAAAUGUUGGGUGGGUGGUACAUCAAAUUUUUUCCCCCCAAGAGCUAAUUUAAAACUGUGACUCUUAGACUUUCUUAUAACGUAAUCCAUAUAUAAAUAAAAGUAUUAUUGAAGAAA